AUGGAAAGUGAUCUGAAUAGGUCAGAUCUCUUCCGAGAUGAUCCGCUUGAUGGGAGACGCCUUGAAGAUGCUCUUGAAUCGCUGUGGCACAUCCUUCAAGAUUCGCAACGACUCCAAUCCAUUCUAAGUGGCUCUGAGCCCCUGCCUCACGAAGAGGCUGGCAGUUAUUCGCACUUCCAUCCCAUAGGACAUCGUGGUUAG